AUGACUGGUCCACAUUAUAGAACCAGUUUUAGUUUAUGCUCUCAGGGCAUUGCUAGCAGCCAGGACGAGAAGGCUUCCUCAGCAAUCCAUGCUGUCCGACUUGACAAUGAACUUAAUGGAAAGGCUGUCCAAGUGCGUGUUGUUCAAGGCUAUGAACCUGCUCACUUCCUUAGGAUGUUCAAGGGCCGUAUGGUGGUAUUCCUCGGUGGGAAGGCUUCUGGAUUCAAGAAUGUGCAUGACCAUGACACAUAUGAUGCCGAUGGAACCCGCCUGUUUAGGGUGAGGGGAACCUGUGACUUCGAUACAAGAGCUAUUCAGAUGCCUGAAGAGGCUUCAUCUCUUAAUGGCGAUGAUGUCUUUGUCCUGGAGACACCAGGUGCUACUUACCUUUGGAUUGGUCAGGGAGCCAGUGAAGAAGAGAAGGCCAUGGGUGCUCGUGUGACAGAGUUGGUGUCUCCUGGACGUGAUGUACAGGAAAUGGCUGAAGGCAGUGAAGAUGAUGGCUUCUGGAGUGCUCUUGGAGGCCAGGCAGACUACCAGAAGGCUCGUGACCUUGACAAGCCACUCCUGUACCCUCGCCUCUUCCACUGCACCAUUUCUCCUGCUGGCUGCUUGAGGGUCAAUGAGGUUUCCAACUUUGGCCAGGAGGAUCUCAAUGAAGAUGAUGUCAUGGUCCUUGAUUCUGGUGAUGAAGUGUACGUGUGGAUCGGAAGGGGCUCGGAUGACCAGGAGAAAGAAAAGGCAUUUGAGAUGGCGGAGACAUACAUCAAGACAGACCCGACAGAGAGAACCUUGGCUUCGACAGUGCUCCUCCGCGUGAACCAGGGAGAAGAACCAGCUGCCUUCACCAGCAUUUUCCCAGCAUGGAACUCGGACAUGUGGGAGGAAAUGGUUUCCUACGAUGAUAUGAAAGCACAGCUGGCCGAAAUGAAUGCAGCAGCAGAGUAAUAAACUAAAUGGGGUGUCUUCUUCAGAAGAAAGUAUUAUAUGAAUGGCCAAAACACAAAAGAGGCUGUUACUUGCAAAUCUAAUUGGAUUUCACUCUUGUUUAAGUUAGCAGCUUGAGUAUAAUGUAAUUGUUUUUAGUAUUUGCUUAUACUUUUCAUGUGCACAAAACCAUAAUUAUCUAUUGUGAUUUUUGAGUGCACGUAGGUCAAAAGCACAAAAUAGAGAAGAGUGAAAUGCUUUAAUUUUUUUUUUUCUUUUUCUUUUUUUUUUAGACUAUGAUCUACAACAACCAAAAUUAUUUAAGAUUAGAACAGUAAAAAACAAAAACAGAACAACUAAAAAAUGGUGCUUAUGCUUUAUGCUAAGUAGAAAUUGGAGGAUCUCUAAAAAGUUGAAAUGCUAGUGCCUUAAGUGACGGGUCAUGCAGUGUUUUUAAGUGGGCCUUGCUUAGUCCAGUACAGAAACACGGAAAUCCUCAUCAGUGAAAUGUAGUUUAUAGAUUUUUUUUCAUGAUUUUCUAGGCUUUGGAUAGCAGUUCAAGAAUAUUUUUAUUAUACAUUUGAAUAAUUGUUAUGAAGAUAUUUAUCCCAGUUUUAGACUAUUUGGGAGUUUCACAGUGAAGGUAUCAAUGAAAACAUGCUUUAAAGGUUAUGCUUAAUAGUAGAGAAUUAGGCUUCCAGUAUGAUAAACAGAGCAUUUAUGUAGAACGUACUUUUCAACAAAUUAAAUAUUGAUUUCUCAAAAUCUUUUUUGAUUUGUAAGAGCAUUUAUUUAGCAGACUUGGUGCUUUAUCCCCAAAGCAUUUAAGCUAUAAUUCUAUUGCUGUAUUCUCUUUCCUAUUUUUCUGGGAUUUACAACUUGGUACUUAAUCUUCCUAGUCAUCUGAGUAUUGUCUCUUACUAUAAUUCUAUUUCUAUUAUUUGCACAAAAUAAAAGAAUCAAAAUCCA